CCCUGCAAAACACUGCGGCGUCGAUGGCACGGGGGUUUUAGGAGUUUUUCUGCUACUGUUGAAUUUAUACCUACACGUUUUAAUUCUGAACUUCCCCCUUUGCAUCGCCGAUCGUCGCUCCCCCCAAAAAAAAAAAUGGAGUUUUGCCCUUCAAUCAAAAACAUUCUCCUCCUCGAUUCUGAAGGAAAACGUGUUGCUGCUAAGUACUGUACAGAUGAUUGGCCAACUAAUGCUGCGAAGCUAGCAUUUGAGAAAUCUGUGUUUACCAAGACUCAGAAGGCAAAUGCUCGAAGUGAAGCGGAGAUAAUUACGUUUGACAAUUGUGUGGUCGUCUACAAGUUCGUUCAGGACCUUCACUUUUUUGUUACUGGGGGGGAUAAUGAAAAUGAGCUAAUGUUAGCUACAGUACUUCAGGGAUUCUUUGAUGCUGUUGGACUUCUUCUCAGGAAUAAUGUCGACAAGAGGACUGCACUUGAAAACCUGGAUUUGAUCCUCUUAUGCAUUGAUGAGAUUGUUGAUGGAGGGAUCGUUCUGGAAACAGAAGCAAGUGUCAUUGCUGGGAAGGUUGCAAGUUCGGGGGGUUUGGAUGGGGCAACCUCAUUUUCUGAGCAGACUAUAUCUCAAGCAUUAGCCACAGCACGAGAACACUUGGCGAGAUCUCUUCUCAAAUGAUGUGGCUGAAGGAUGAUUAGUCUGCAAAGUUCAACAAUGAAUCUACUGUCUGCCCUCUUUUUCAUAUUUGAGUUGUGUGAAGAUCCUGUGCCAAGCUAUAUCCCCUCUUCGUCGUCUGCAGGUUUUGAUAACUCUAGUCUCAAUUGGCAGUAGAUUAUCUGGCAACUUUGAAGUGUUAAAAACUCGUGUAUGUGAUGGGUUUUCUUUUUUCUCCUCUUUUUGUUGUUGUGGGUUUUGAAAUCUGAUUCUAAUCCCAAGUUGCAGCCACUCAACUUAUAUCAGAAGUUUGAAAUUCUUGCAUGAUAUGUUUUUCUUUUCUCUUCUCUUUUUGAUA